AUGUUGUUUUUCGUAACAGUAACAGUUUUACUGGCCAGUGCCAACGCCAAGUUUUGGACCGAUUGUGGAUCCAAAAUGGGUAAGGUAGAGAAUGUGGGUGUCAGCGGGUGCUCAGAAGAUGCAAAGGAAUGCGUUCUCAAGAGGAAUACCAACGCCACCAUUAGCAUUGACUUCACACCAUCCGUUGAAGUCAAAACCCUGCAGACGAUAGUCCACGGCGUGAUCAUGAACUUGCCUGUACCGUUCCCGAUGCCGCAACCCGACGCCUGCAAGGAUAACAACCUCGUCUGCCCCCUACCGGCUGGCAAGGAAGCUAACUACAAAACAACAAUGGCUGUACUCAAGUCAUACCCUAAGGUCAAGGUCGAUGUCAAAUGGGAGCUGAAGAGUGAUGACGGGGAGGAAUUUGCUUGUAUCAUGAUUCCUGCCCGUAUUAAUUAA